AUCUAAAGAGAGGGGACGACAUACUGUUUGCCACUGAAAAUGAUUUGGUGUACGGAAUGGGAUCUAAUAUAUGGGGUUCACUCGGAUUGGGAGACAACACACCCCAGAAUUCGCCACAAAUUAUACCCCAAUUGUGUCACAAGAAUGUCAAACAAUUCUUCAUCGGAAGUGACUUUGUAUUGGCGAUCACUGAGGAUAACCGUACGUACGGCUGGGGUUAUAAUGAGUGGGGACAGGUAGGCCGUUAUCCAUGCAAGGAGUUUCUGGUACCGCAAGAAAUAGCGAUACUAAGUGACCAAGAUGUUUGUCAAAUAAGUUGCGGCUUUUUCCACGCUAUGGCGCUCACUGGGGAUGGCCGGGUGUACGGGUGGGGUUGCAAUCAGAACGGACAGGUGGGUACUGGUGGUCCCCGCUUUGAGGUAAGGGAGCCGACACAACUUGGAUUCAAUGGCGGCAAUAGUGAAGGCAAUAUCAAAAGCAUUUUUUGUUACCUUUACUCGUCGUACGCGAUCACACGGGACGGAAAGGCGUACAGUUGGGGCGCAAAUAGUUUCUACAAUUUGGGCCACAAUUCAGCCGUCGAUAUAGCGAUACCGACGCUAAUCGUUGAUAUUGUUGGCGUUCAUAGGGUGUGUUCCGGUGGCGCCUACACCUAUUUCUUGACUAAUGAUGGGUGCAUACACUUUAGCGGUCAGUGCGGUAACCAACAAGACGGCUACAGUUACGUUAAGUCACCCAUUGUGUUAUUUAACGAUCAAAAGUACCAAGAUAUAUUUGGCGUGUUUUCACGAUUAGCCAAUGGGUUUCUGGUUAUAGUGUUAGGCGGUGACAGAUUGUUACAAGUGGAUAAAGACCUAGAUGUAUGUCUUAAAGAAUUGGACACCAUGGUGAAAGUGCGCUCAGAAUAUUGUGUCCGGUAUUUGGGUCAAUGGCAUGAAAGCGACGAUUACUACAUUCGUAUGGAAUUAUGUGCCGAUAGUCUGCAGAAUAUUCUGGAACUAAAACCACAAUUAUUUUGCAGAGAGUCUGAAGAAGCCAUGAAUUCUGUUGAAUAUUUCAUUUCGUGUGAAAUAUUCAAAGAAGUGUUAACUUGUAUACAGAGUUUACACAAUUUUCAGCCACCGAUCACUCAUAGAGACCUCAAACCCGAUAAUAUAUUAUUGGCUAAGAAUGUGCAAAAUGUAAGCGAUUUUGGUCUGGCUACAAUUCACGAGCACACGUCCGAAAAGGGAUUACCUAAAUACUGUGCCCCCGAAAUUGCUGGAAACCAGGGUUAUAGUCAUAAAGUGGACAUUUACAGUUUGUCACGAAUUGCCGAACUAGAUAUAUUUUGUAUUGACCUAGAACAAUUAAGCUCGGAUAUGUAUACCUCGGAUUGUGAAGUUGUCAACGAAUGCAUGACGGAAUUAGUGAAAUUAUUGUUGUCAAUGCAAUCGGAUGACCCGGAUCAUAGACCAGAGUGCGCACUAGUGUUGAACGCACCAACUGAUUGGGCCAUUGAUAUUGGUACUGUCGAAAAAGACCCUGAAUAUGACAAAAAUGUCGCUUACUUC